CGCUCGUUUUGAGUGCUUGAACAGUAAUUUGAGAUGCCUGUCAAAGGUCUGCGUUUGUAGUUGGUGCGGUGGCCAAGGCACUUGUAGUCCCUGCGAUGUCGAAUGACGGGUCUGACACUGGUGGUAAACUGUGCUCCGUCGAUUUUGAGAUAUUCGGGCAUGUGCAGGGUGUUUGCUUCCGAAUGUACGCCGAGGAUGAGGGGCGUCGGCUGGGCCUGUGCGGGUGGGUGAAGAACACCAGCGGAGGCACCGUGGUGGGACAGGUGCAGGGUCCUCCCGAAAAAGUCAAAGAAAUGAGGGUGUGGCUGAGCAAGAAGGGGAGUCCUGGAUCUCGCAUCACCCGUGCGGUCUUCUCCAACGAGAGAGACAUCCCUAAGCUGGAGAUAUCAGGCUUCAGAACACGCCGCUGAAGCUCAGCUUCUGCACACCGCACCAAAACCCACUGCCCUCUGCACACGGCACCAAAACCCACUUCCCUCUGCACACGGCACUAAACCCCACUGCCCUCUGCUCACGCUACUAAAUCCCACUG